AUGGCCGACUCCAACGCCACCCAGCGAGGGGCUUCGGCCGCCGCCGCCAUCGACAGCGACAAGCUCGCCCAGGACCUGACGGAACAGUUUCGACAAGUGCUGAGCACGAAGCGCAUGACUGAAUUGACGAGCCGCUCCGUGAAUUCGCGAUCCGCGUCGCCGGCACCGCGCGACUUUGGCACCCCUCAACCGCCGCCCAUGGCCCACAACGCUCCGCCUCCGUCAUACUCGUCACUACGAAACAUACCAUUAGUACCACAGCCUCCGCAGGACGCCCGAUCAAUGCGCUUCAAGAACAUGCUGCACUCAUUAUCCAACAUGCCCGUCCGCUGGGAGAACCCUGGCUUGCUCGACGAAGCCCUGAAGGUCGUGCCAUUGGAGAACAUAUACAACGAAGCGGAAGAAGAGAGCCAGAUUCUCCGAGCAGAAGCUGAGAGCUUGGGAUCAGGCAAGAAGGCCGCAUGGGGGUACCAGGAUUGCGUCAUCCGAGCCCUCCUGCGAUGGUUCAAGCGUUCGUUCUUCACAUGGGUCAACAAUCCGCCAUGCUCGCGGUGCUACUCUCCAACCAUCGCUGUCGGCCUGUCACCGCCACUCCCCGACGAACAAGCCCGAGGCGCCAACCAGGUCGAACUCUACAAGUGCUCUGUCGAGGGCUGCCAAACAUUCGAGCGGUACCCACGAUACAACGACGCCUUUGUUCUUCUCGAGACUCGCAGGGGUCGAUGCGGAGAAUGGGCCAAUUGCUUCAGCAUGCUCUGCCGCGCUGUUGGGUCACGAGUUCGCUGGGUAUGGAACAGCGAAGAUCACGUCUGGACGGAGGUGUACUCAAUGCACAGAAAGAGAUGGAUCCACGUUGACGCAUGUGAAGAAGCGUGGGAUAAGCCACGGCUGUAUACUGAAGGCUGGGGUAGAAAGCUCGCAUACUGCAUUGCAUUCUCAGCCGACGGCGCCAUGGACGUGACUCGACGAUAUGUUCGCAACUCCACCAAGCAUGCCCUGGAAAGAACACGAGCACCCGAAGCCGUCCUUCUUUACAUCAUGGACGAGAUCCGCGCCAACCGUCGAAGCAAUCUCUCCAAGCAGGACAAGUUCCGUCUCGAGGGCGAAGACAUGAGGGAGAGCAGGGAGCUUAGGCACUAUGUCAUAUCAUCAAUCGCCCAUGAGGUGUCGAGGAUUAGUACGGACGACAUUCUCAGUGGCCGCCCGACCCCACGGCCCGACCCGGAUGCACAGAAAGCGCUCGAGGGCCGACAGAGCGGCUCAGCAGAGUGGAUUCGGCAACGCGGGGAAGGCGGCCGUGGUACACCAAACCAGCAAAAUCCUCGCGACCAACAUCAGCGUUGA